CUGCCUUGAGGGCACGACGAAGCAGCCCGGCUGCCCGCUCCGUCCACAGCUACCAUGACUCAGCUCCGAAGCUCUGAGGUCCAGCAGCUGCUACACAACAAGUUCGUGGUCGUCCUGGGGGACUCGGUCCAGCGCGCCGUCUACAAGGACCUGGUGCUGCUCCUGCAGAAAGACUGCCUACUGUCCACUCGGCAGCUCAAGGCCAAGGGUGAGCUCAGCUUCGAAAGCGACAUGCUUCUGGAAGGUGGCCGGUGGGGUCGCAUGCAUAAUGGAUCAAACUACCGCGAGGUGCGCCAGUUCCGCACUGGUCACCACCAAGUGCGUUUCUACUUUCUGACGCGCGUUUACUCUCAGUACGUCGAGAGUGUUCUGGAAGAGCUGCGCUGGGACCAGCAUGCCCCGGACGUGGUUGUCAUGAAUUCCUGUCUCUGGGAUCUGUCCAGGUAUGGUCAGGACUUUCCAAGAAGCUACAGGCAGGAUGUGAAGAGCCUGUUCCGGCGCAUGCAGCAGGUGCUGCCCCCAUCCUGCCUCCUGGUGUGGAAUACGGCCAUGCCUGUGGCCCAGGUGGUCUCUGGGGGCUUCCUCCCGGAGGACGGCCAGCCCGCGACCGCCCACUUGCGGGAAGACGUGAUCGAAGCCAACUUCUACAGCGCCAUUGAGGCUGGCCGGCGCGGCUUCGACGUGCUCGACCUGCAUUUCCAUUUCCGCCAUGCCUGGCAGCACCGCCUGGGAGACGGCGUGCACUGGGACAAGUACGCGCACAGGCACCUCUCCCAGCUGCUGCUGGCCCACUUGGCUGAUGCCUGGGGCGUGGACCUGCCCCAGCGCCACUCCGAGAGCCUCUGGGACAGAGUUGCUGCUCCCAUUAGCCAACGUCCAACCAUCAUGGGCAGAUUUGUGGAAACCGAAGGUGACCAAGACAGAUCAGCCUGUGUCGCAGCAUCUUUCAGUUUUUGGUACCCUCAGAUCCCAACGCAAGCCUCAGGGAUCUAUGCACCAACCCCACCACCUCCUCCUUCUCCACCUCUUCUUCCUCCUCCUCCUCCUCCUCUAAUGCCCUACCACCACUGGGCACACUGGCCUUCUGACCAGCCUUUCCAGCACGAGCGGUUCUGCAGUGAGUCAUCCAGACGCCAGGCUGAGAAUCCCAGAGAAGCAUCCCUGAGGGCUGGUCUGCAGGCACCACUGGGUGCCAUCCGCUCAGGGGCUGCCCACCAAGCUAGGAGGUUCUCUCCCUACCCUCGCCCUCGCUCGGGUGACUCACGGAGACGUCGACGGCGCUCAGAAAGGUGGCCCUCAACCCACCGGGAGACAAGGCCCCGUUAAAUCUGUCUAGAC